CAUUAGGUUAGGUACCUAGCUGUCAGCUAAGUCUUAUUAAAAAAGCUCUUUUCUUCUAUGUACGUAGCAAUUGGAAAUAUUUGUGAUGCAAGGUCGUAGGUGCUGUUGCCCUUGAAAAUCUCACUCACCUCUUCCUCUACAUCACUUUGAUCAAAUUACAAUUUAUUAUUACCAAUAGGUACUCUAAUCCAACACUAACUUCUUCCCUUGCCUCCAUAAUGAUGUAUUCUCUUACAACCUGAUUGGUGGUACGUACAUUGAACAAGAUUCAGUUCAAUUUCUUGCCGCAUUUGCGCCACUGUCACCAUUACUACCCCAUCGUCAGCAUCCUCAAUUCUAUGUUUUUGCCAACGCCAACGACGACGACAUAGCUUCGUGUGAUCUAUAGCUUUUAGAUCUCCUCAAUAUGGCGUCGACAAAUGAACCGACAGAUGAGUCCAUUAAUCUCUUUUGCGACCUCACUGGACUACUUCGAGCCGAAGCUAUCACCCGCUUGAAGGCGAAUAACAACGAUAUCCAACGAGCGUGCGAAGAAUAUUUUGAGGAUCCUGAUAGCGUAAAGUACAAAUGGGACGAGUCGCAGUUUAGCAUGGAUCGCCAUGGCGAUAAUUUUAACGAUACGGGAAUAUCUUUCAAUAUCCAAGGCCCGGACGAACUUGGACCUGGAGGAUACCAAAACAAUGCCGCUCCGACUCGACCACCUUCAAGAGCCAACAACCCGUCACCUUUCGGUGCACCCGCCAACGCCGCCGAAGAGGAUGCGAAUUUGGAACGAGCCUUAGCCGAAUCUGCCGCCGAGUCGGGAAUACAAUUACAAGAAGCCGGCAUUGUUGACAACGAAACAAACCUGAAAUAUUUCGGCCCUGCGAACCGCCCGCAAUAUGAAACCGAGCAAUGGGCUAUGGUCCCUACCAAGACAACUUUAGAAACAGUGAAGGCCGAUCCCACCCCCUCCGCUAGGAAACGAGACGCCAACAUUCCCGCAUUUCUUCGAUCGAAAGGGGAUCACAGAGUAGGCGCAAUAUUAUCGAUAUACCACAAGAUCCCGCUAUUUCGGAAUAUUCUUCUCCAGUGUGGUGUUCCAACUAAGAAUUAUGGGCACAACUCGGAAUGGUGGAGAGGCCAGGCGAUCCUCAAGCAUGAGCAUCUUGCGGCAAUGGCGAAGGGUGAAUCGAUUUGGGGUGAAGACGCACAUCCAGAGUUCGCAGAGGAGCUCCAUCGUCUGAUAGCCUUCCUUGACAAGACGGAAAGAAGUUACGGAUCCGUUGAUGGUCUCGUCGAUACCAAGGCAAUCGACCCGAGUUUUGGGGCCUGGAUACCCGAUGUCGAAGAAAAACUAUAUGAGGCAUUACAGGAGGAGUCUCUGAACAACCCUGAUUGCGACAUGAGUCCAGUGACUACAGUGGGCACAGUCAUGUUUUGCGCUCAGGCCUCAGGCGACGAGGCCCAGUCAGAGGGUGAUGCUGAUAGUAGCAGCGAUGAAGAUCGAGACACGCGUUUCGUAUUUCUUGAUUUGAUGUUGGACUACGAACAAUAUCCAUGGGUGAACACAUUCUACGACGCUUUAGACAACCUACUCUGGACACACGCAUUAUCACUCGACCACAAUUUUCCAGACGAAGCUAACUUCGCCGUUCUGGCAAAGCCGGCUGAGGUGAUAACGGUUCGAUUCGGUGGCACCGGGUUAGUUAAACCUUGCGAAAUUCCGGCCGUAUUUUACGUGGAUCGGUACAUGAAAGAUCGAAAAGAUCUUGCUUUAAAAUUCCAGACUUAUAUACGUUUCAUCAAGAAGAAGCUGCGCCUAUACGACUUGUUAGGUGCGAAUUUAAUACGAUGCCGCGGUCAACGAUGCCAUAGGGUGAACGGCCUUAGUAAUGGACCUCAUGACUUGGUCACUUGUUUGGACGGGAUCAUCAAGCAAACUGAAAGGUUAAUAGAACGUCAGACUAGAACCGCGCAAUGGCGAUAUCACUAUGAACGAAUGGAAAGGGACAUUGAACUCACCCUUGAUGAUAUUUUCGAUAUCCACACAUGGAAUGGACCUCGCUCAUUCCUACCCGAGGAAGAAGAGAGACUGGAAAAGUGGAAGGAAGUUAUCAGUGGAUGUAAAGAACAGAUCGACGAAUUGAGGACGGACUUAGCCAAUCUCACAGAAGCAAAGGAGGCGUAUUGGGAUUCUAUGCGAAUUGUCGCCAAGCGCCUAACAUGCCAGGAAGAUGAGGUUGACGAUAGCUUUAUUUUUCGAUCAACUCCUGCUUACCAUCCAGAGUACUGGAAUCCAACUAUGAAAUAUUCACUACGUGGCGUUGGCCUUACUAGUGAGUUGGCUUACGUAUGUGUCAGGCAAGAUGCUGGGUCGAUGGAUGUUGACGGGGUGUCGGAGAGUAAGGAUCAAUGGUGGAAGAUAGGAUACUCGGCGAACGAUGCAUCUCCGAUCAAAACCGAGAAAGCGAAUGUCGAAGAUGUGCUUCACGCCGCUGGGACCGAGUCUAAGAACCCCAUUCUUAUAUAUGCUACCGAAGCUGCUAUGGAAGCGGAGCCUAUCCCAUUAUCAGACGCCUUACGGAUGUUCGUGCGGGCCGACAAUCGUUCGUUCCAGCAGGAGCUUUCACAGGAACAAGAUCAAGAGCAACAACAACAACAGCAGCAGCAGCCAUACAACGUUCAUUCAGGAGUCACCGUUGAGGAUAUAUCCGCAUUUACAAAUCACACACGGAAGCACAGUGUUGCUUCGUCUGUGGCGACUCGAGGUAGUUCUCGUGAUGCUCUUAGUGAGGUAGACUUGACCUUCGAUGAGCCUGGAACAUUUCAACCAUCAGUACCUUAUCACGCCAGCAAACAACUCAGCGCUGAAUACAACAUCACAGAAGAGAUGCAAACUUUUAGCACUGAUGUAUCGACGUCCAAGUCACCCGAGAUGCAAGAAGUCGCUAGUGGUUCUACACCGUUUCUAAGCCGGCCCAGCCGUGCAUCACAGAACGAUCCUAUCGAUAUGAUGGAUGUAGACUUUGAACACCACGAGGGAUGAAGAAAUCUAGCAUAGUUUGACGUAACGUCAAAAUUACGAGUAUGUACGAAGUUGACG